CUCACAAACCAAUCUAAACAUCAAAACCAAACUUCCUUCACUAUUACACAAUCUUCUCUUUCACUUUUCCUCAAAAAGAAAAAAUGUAUUCGUUAGUUUUUAAACUCUUUCUAUUUUUGUCUCUUCUCCAAAUUUCUGUCUUUGCUAGGAACCUAGCAACUGAAGAACCAAACCAGUUUAAACUACUAAAGUACCACAAAGGAGCUCUUCUCUCCGGCAAAAUCUCCGUUAACCUAAUCUGGUACGGCAAAUUCAAACCAUCUCAAAGAGCAAUCAUCUCCGACUUCAUAACCUCACUCACACACACUUCUCCUACGUCCAAAACUCUCCACCAACCAUCUGUCGCCACGUGGUGGAAAACCACAGAAAAAUACUACAAACUCGCAACACCCAAUAAAAACUCAUCACCUCUUUCUCUAACUCUCGGGAAACAAAUCCUCGACGAGUCUUGCUCUCUUGGAAAAUCUUUAACCGAUAAAAAGAUUCGCCAACUAGCUUCAAAAGGUGACCAACGCGACGCCAUCAACGUCGUUUUGACUUCAGCUGACGUGACGGUAACAGGAUUUGGUAUGAGUCGUUGCGGGACUCAUGGACACGCUCGUGGUUUAGGUAAACGUGGCUCCAAGUUUGCUUACAUUUGGGUCGGAAACUCCGAGACACAAUGUCCUGGUCAAUGCGCGUGGCCUUUCCACGCGCCGGUGUACGGUCCACAGAGUCCACCACUUGUAGCACCAAACAAUGACGUUGGACUUGACGGAAUGGUUAUUAACUUAGCUAGUCUUUUAGCUGGAACCGCAACGAACCCGUUUGGUAAUGGUUAUUACCAAGGUCCACAAAACGCACCGCUUGAAGCUGCGUCUGCUUGUCCUGGCGUUUAUGGUAAAGGAGCUUAUCCUGGUUAUGCUGGAGAUUUACUUGUGGAUACUACAACGGGAGGUAGUUUUAAUGCGUAUGGUGCAAACGGCAGGAAGUUUUUGCUUCCUGCUUUGUAUGAUCCUACGACGUCGGAUUGCUCUACUAUGGUCUGAGAAUUAAAAGAAAUUCCAAUGUUUGGUCUUUGGUAGUAGAAAAUAAUAUUCUAGUGUAAUU